AUGGCGGUGCUUGAAGUAUUGGGUCAGGGUAUCGACGACAGACUUCUCCAAGUCAAUGAAGUCGUAUCCGCCAAUUGGAUCAACCACCGCAGAAAGGUCGUACUGAACGUGCUCCUUAGGAGCCUCUCCAAGAUCAAGAACCUUGUCAGCGUAUUGAGGGAAAUGCUUUUUCACGAUCUUGUUGACCACAGGAGCUUGGAACAGGUCGCCAACAACAAGGUUUCUUUGAUUUCUGUUGGCUUCCUUCAGGAGAGGAAUCACGUGGAACUCGGCAACGUCUCUGACGUCGACCGCAAGCAUGUUCAACUGUGCAACUGGAGAGUCCUUGGACUUGAGUCUUGGGAUGUCCAGCAAGUACUGGUUGGAAGUGUUGAGAGUUUCAGAGACAGUGUAGUCAAACAGCUGAGGACCAAGAACAAAUGGUGGAUUGACAGUAGACAAACUGAAGUUUGGUUUUUCGUUCUUGACAAAGUCUCUGGCAGCUUUCUCGGCCAGCUUCUUCGAGGCCACGUAGGCAAGGUUCUCGUUGGUGACGUCCUUCCACUCGAUUGGGUUCCAGGUGUCAGCCGUGUGAACUUCGGUGAAGACAACCUCUGCAGGGAGUCUGACUGCGGCAAACGACGAGGUGACAACAAAGUGGGUCACCUGAGGAGCAUACUUCUUGGUGGCCUUGAGGAUGUUGAGAGUACCGUUGACGGCUGGAUGGAGAUAAGCUUCCUCGAACGAUUUGUUCAGACCAAACGAGAAAGGCGAGGCGGUGUGAAGAACCUUGGUGAUUUCCGGGUGUGCCUUCAAAACCUCGUCGAAAGCGUCGUCAGUGCUGAUGUCUGGGACAAUUUCGAAGGACAACUUUCCAUCAGGGUACUUCUUCUGGAACUCCUUAAGCAGAGGCGCAUACUUGGCCUCAGAACGGGCAGUUCCGAUCACAGUAAAGUUGUGGGAGAGCAAUUUGUCAACAACAUGUUGAGCAAUGAAUCCAGUGGCGCCAGUCUCGGCGAUGACCUUGACCAUAAGGUCAGCGUCAGUCUUGGUGAAUCCGAAAGCUGGAGCCAUGGUCAAGUGAGCUCCGUUCAUGACGAGCUUAUCGUCAACGUACUCGUAGCCGUUGGUUCCUGGGAUGCACAUGAAGUGGAUACCCUUGGCGAACGUUUUUUGGUUAAGCACCUCGUGCAUCUUCAAUUCUGGAGCAAACGACUCCUUGGUGGCCUUGUCCUUGACCAACUCAACGGAAAUGAAGUUACCAGCACCUCUGACAUCUCCAGCAACCUUCGAGUCCUUCAAAGCAGCUUUCAAAGCAGCCUUGGUGUAGGCACCAACCUCUCUGACGUUCUCAAUGAGGUUGUCUCUGUAGAUCUUCUUUUGCACAGCAAGUCCAACGCUACAGUUGAGGUAGUGAGAGUGGUAGGUCUGGUAGCCCAUAACGACACCAGAACCUUCUCUGAUGGCAUUGACCACCUUUGGAGCAACCAUCACACCCGAAAGAGGCACAAUUCCGGCUCCGACGGUCUUACCGAAGGUCAAAAGGUCUGGUCCACCGGCGGUGAGUCCGAACUCUGGGUCCAUGAAGGUGAAUGGGUAGCCGCAUCUUCCCAAUCCACACAUGACCUCAUCCAGAAUCAAAAGAGCACCGUACUUGUCACACAGAGCCUUGACACCGUCCAGGUAUCCUUUUGGAGGAACAGAGUUACCAAUGGAAGAUCCGCUGACAGUUUCCAAGAUGACGGCAGCAACCUCAUCCUGACCGGUGGAGACAAUGGUCUCCUCCAAGUUGUCCAAGAGCUUCUUACAGUACUGCUCCUCGGUCAAGUCACCUUGAUCUCUGUAUGGCAUAAGUCUGGAGAUCUUUGGAACUUGGUCGUCAGAAAGAAGCAUCUUCUUGAGCAAUGGCUUCAUUGGGUUGUCUCCGAUAGAAAGAGCACCGACCAGGUAUCCGUGGUAGGCGUUGACUCUGGAGAUGAACUUGUAUCUCUUUCUGUCACCCUUCUCGAUGUGGUAUUGCAUGGCAUAUCUCAUGGCUUGUUCGUUAGCCUCGGAACCAGAGCAGACGUACAUGGCAGAGCUGAAGGCUCCCUCAGACUUGGAGCACAUGAACUCGGCAAGCUCCUCGGCAGCAGUGUUGGAGAAGUUGGCACAGAAAGUGUAGGCAGACUGCUUGGCGAAGUCGUUCAUCUGGGAAAGAAUCUCGGUGUCGCCGUGUUUCAAAGAACACACAGCAGCUCCAGAGAUAGCGUCGUAGAUCUCUCUCUUCUCGCCGGUGACUGGGUCCUUAAGGACAAGCCAUUGACCGUCCUUGGCGGUUCCGACACACUCGAGUUGUUUGUCAGCCACUUUGGCUUGGAAAAGGUAUGGUUGGUUCUUGGUCUCGACAGUCAUAAUUAG